AUGGCACAGCAGCAGUCGAACCGGCGGUACGAGGGAUACGGUCACCCUACCGAGUUUCCGUCUGCACCGACAGGAGGUCGUGACAACGGUGCAGGUGCGUACUUCGGUGGCCCACGGCCGCCGUCUUCUUCUACUACCUCACUCUCCAGUGCCACCGGUCUUGUUCGGCGCUCCGCGCAGCACACUGGUGCCACCGCCACGGCCAACGCAACCGGCUACCAGAGCUCGUACGGCUACUUUCACGGGCAGGGUAACAGCAUUGACGUUAACAGCGACUACAACAGCGAUGCCGGGAGCUCAACGUCAAACCCGCUAUACGGAGGCGGCGGUAGCGGCGGGUCGAUCACGAACAGCACUGCCGGCAGGGGCUCACCGCGUCCACUGGCUCAGCAAACAUUUCUUCCAUCGGAGGCCUUAGUGCAGUCCUUGCCGCCGUCUUCAUGGCCGCAGCGCCGGCAUACGUAUCAACAGCCGCAGCCAUAUGCAGUGCCGGUGCCAUGUUCGACGGCCAGCAACCUGCAGCAGGGGACAGCAAGUGGGGCAAUGCUGCCGGAGGCUGCAUUUGUGCAGCGCAGCGGCCCAUAUAUGGCGAGCCCUGUCAAUAUGAGCGGCCCGCGCAUGCCCGUUGCCUACGAUGCCUCGGGCAGCCCGAGCAUCACUGGUGCCGGUAUGUCUGGCGUCAGUGGAGCCCGCGGGGCGAGUGGUUUUUUGGGGCGUCUGAUGGCCCAGGUUCUACCAGUGCUGGACGACAGCGCCGGAGGCCCUGGCACCAGAAUUGGUGCUGGCAGUGCAGCCUCCAUCGUUGAGCGCCCACCGUAUCAAGUGCGCUUUGGCAACCCCGACGAUGACCUGCCGUUACUGGAGGAACUUGGCAUCUUUCCACGGCGUAUACUGGACAAGGCGCGUGCGGUGCUGAAUCCCUUCAAGCCAAUAGGUGUCGACGUAGCGAAGGACACCGAUCUGGCAGGCCCCAUCUUCUUUGCCUUCUCGUUAGCGGUGUUGCUGUCGCUGCGUGGAAAGAUACAGUUCAGCGCGAUUUACGGUCUCUUUGUGCUCGGCGUGGGCUUCUUCAAGAUGCUCCUCUCCCUCAUGCAGCCUCGCGGCGAUGUACCUCUGCAGUUUGUUGCGAGUAUGAUUGGCUACGGCCUGCUCCCAACGGUGCUGCUCGCCGGAGUGUGCACCGUAGGUUCGUGGCUUAUGGGACUCCGCGGUGUGCUGCCUCUGACGCUGCUGAUGGUGACGUGGUCGGCGUGGUGCGGAACGACGCUUGUGGUGAAGGGGCUAGGGAUGGAGGAGCAGCGCUACCUAGUUCUGUACCCGAUGCUUCUCUUCUACUCCGCGUUUAAUGUGGUGGCAGUGUACUAG